ACAGCUGCCCUUCUUUUAACAAAGAAGAGAUUAAAAAAUGUGAGUUUCACCUACAACAAUCAGAAGGAAAGAAGGAUCCUCUUCCAGAGGGGAGAAAAACCAUCAUCGAGAAAACGUAACUCUGACCGACCACAAGCAAGACACUUGCCUUUCACUAUUAAAUCCCUCAUUCAAGACACUGAAAAUUAUUCACGGUGUCAUGGUGUCUUGGAAAUUUGUAAAUAAUGAGAGGUUACAAUAAUUAUAAUAUUGAUUAUUAGUAGUAUUCAGUUUAAAGACGUCUUUAGAAUUGUUACCUUUUAGCAGCAGUAUUAAAACCAUGCUGUUGAUGAAGCAGUCAUAUCCCAGCUGACAUGUUCUUCUUACGUUUUCUUUUUUACGCUUUAAACGUUGUUUUCACUCAAGUGUAACUUGGAAAAAAGCGAGAUAACGGUAACAUUUCUUUUUUUUAACUUCGUCUUUUUGUUUGGCUUGUUGAGUUGAUUGGCUUUUGUUUGGUCCAAUAGUAAGAGAGAAUGUCGCAUUACCGCGAGAUCCUCAACCAAUGGAAGAGUCGGUGGGCGGGGCUACGUCCUCCAUCUAACGUAAGCGUCGUUAGUAGGAAGAAGAAGCCGAUUCUGGAAGCCAUUACGUUGCGCACAUUACCGGAGUAAAUCCUACUAUUUUUGCGUACAAUACGCACAAUUACCUGCCGUAAAGACGCUUUUCUGCACUUAUGGCAUCGGUGGCCAAAAAGAGAAAAAUGAAUUUCUCGGAGAGGGAGGUGGAAAUUAUAGUGGAAGAAAUAGAGAAACAAAAGCACACACUGGUUAACCACUUCAAUGCCGGAGUCACACACAUGGCUAAGAAUAACGCGUGGAUGGACAUCCUGAAAAAGGUGAACCAGGUCACCACCUGUCCGCGCGAGCUGCCCGAGGUGAAGAAGAAGUGGUCCGACAUGAAGACAGAGGUCCGGCGGAAGGUGGCCCAAGCGCGGGCUGCCAUCGAGGGGACGUCCGCGGACUGCACUCCAGUUCCCGUCAUCCUCACCGCCAUGCAGCAGAGGAUCUGUAACCUGCUGGGAGAGGCCACCAUCAUCAGCCUACCUGCCGGAGACUCGGAUGCGGAGAUCACCUUACCUGUGACCGUCAACGCCGCCGCAACCGUCACUCUGACGGAGGCUCUUCCAGCCGGUGCCGGGACAAUCUGUGAUGACUCAAAGCUGAAUGCUGAGACGACGUACCACACUCUGGAGGAUGGCGGCGUGGUGGAGUACUGCACCACCACUGAGGGCGACUCUGCCCCGACUGUGGUGGCCGCGGUCGAGGCUCCCAUGGAGAUGCUGGCCUCGUCUUCCGUUUCCCCACCGCCACCUCAGAGUCAUGCCAAACCGCAGGAGCUGAAGAGCCGCAUUGCUCUGAACUCCGCCCGCCUGCUGCAGGAGCAGCGAGUCACCAACGUGCACAUCCGCCAGAUCGCCCAGCACCUGGAGGGCCAGAACGAGCUGCUGCAGAUGAUGCGGCGCUCCCAGGAGGCGCAGGCCUUUGCCCAGGAGAGGCAAGCUCAGGCACUGGAGGGCACGCAGGCCGCCCUGCUCGCGUUGGUGCAGAUGCUCCGACCGGCUCUCAAAGACCUGAGGAAGUUUCUGCAGAGCGGGUCUGAGGCUGCGAACGCCAGCAGCUCUGUGGCGACACCGGCAACUGGAGCAACCAUUGAUGGAGCGGCAACAGAGGAGCAGAGCAGGCCCAAAACACCUCCGCCUCCUCCUACACAACAGGCUGAGGAGGUGCAAUAGACUCUGUGCGUGGUUGUGUGUGUGUGUGUGUUAGUGUGUGUACGUGUGUGAACCAUGAUUACACUUAUGCCUUAUGAAGAACAUGUACAGAACCAAUGGAGAACUGUUAUUUUUAUUUUUUGCCACGACUUCAUGUUAUUUAAUACCCUGAAUCUGGUUUUCUGAUCUUUUUUUAUGCAAAUAUUUCAUCAGCCUGAUGGAAAAUUAACGGGUUGGUUUUUUUAGACCGUGGUGAGCCAGGUUUGUGUGUGAGCUGCACUUUAACCAGCAUGUGUUCAGACCGGAAUAAAGUGAAAAAGAGGCCAAACUCUUUAUUUCCUGUCACAUCUCUCCUGUCUCAGGGGCAGAUGUUCAUGUUAAACAUGGUAAAAGACGUCAGUGAGUGAACGAAUGAUCCCCAUGAGUCAAAAGUUUUAAACACUUAGUUUCACACAGUUUUUUCUACUCUUGGAUCUGUAUCAUGUCAUAGAGAGCAGGCUUUCUAUAAAAUACUUGAAACACAUCCAAAGUUCCACUCUUCUCUUGGUAUCGUCUUCUUGUGCAUCUCUAAAUUGUUUUCGGAGCUUCCAUCCGCUGUGAUGCUGUUAUGUUCCUCCCGUACUCUGCUCUGCAGUGUGUGAUGGAUCUUUUCCAGUGUAUCCAAAUGUUUCAGGGAGGCGAUUGUGAUGGCGUGCACCACCGUUCAUUUCCUCUGAUUGUUCACUAUCAGAUGCCUCAGAGGACUUCACAGCAGACCUCAGCAAUGAUGAUCUCACCCUGGGGAUGAUUUCAUGGUGCAAAACUUGUUGAAUGUUCAAUAAAAUGACGUGCUCUUGAAGGCGUGCCUUCAGGCUGGAAAACUUGAUUCUGGGUGUAUGAUUCGAUAUAUA